GCAGAAGGGAGAACAACAGCUAAGCAGUCCUCAGGCACAUCCCUUCCUGGAUGGCCACCAUCCUAGUCUUCACAACAGCCCUCUCCUUGGUCUGCACACAUCCAUCGCUUCUUUUCUCACCUGUUGGCAAUGACAGCAGCCCGGAAGGAAAUGCGAGAAUCAGAUAUAGUCAGUUCAAUGAGACUCGACACCCGUACCUUUGCCCUCGUACCACCAGUACAUGCCCAAUGGCCCCAUCGUCGGUAUUGAGUUGCAGUAAAGUGAGGGAGAGAGGAGGGAGGGAAUAAUCAAUUCGGACUCCGAGUU